AUGGAAGCCACCGAUGCCUCCAGGAGCAACGGGACGAGCCCCGAGGCCAGGGACGCCCGCAGCCCGCCGGGCCCCAACGGCAGCCUGGAGAACGGGGCCAAGGCUGAGGCCAAGGACGCCAAGGCCCCCAAUGGGCACGGUGGGGAGGCUGCCGAGGGCAAGCGCCUGGGCGGCGGCCUGAAGCUGGGGGAGGGCAAGAGCGCCCUGUUCUCCGGGAACGAGUGGCGGCGGCCCAUCAUCCAGUUCGUGGAGUCGGUGGACGACAAGAGCUCCAGCUACUUCAGCAUGGACUCCGCGGAAGGCAAGAGAUCGCCCUACGCGGGGCUCCAGCUGGGGGCUGCCAAGAAGCCGCCCAUCACCUUCGCCGACAAGGGCGAGCCGCGCAAGUCCAUCUUCUCGGAGCCCCGGAAGCCGACGGUGUCCAUCGUGGAGGCGAGCGAGGCCCGGCGCAACAGCUACCCCCGGGCCGACACCGGCCUCCUCCUGCGGCCCAAGUCCGGCUCCGACGAGGUCCUGUGCGACUCCUGCAUCAGCAACAAGCAGAAGGCCGUCAAGUCCUGCCUGGUGUGCCAGGCCUCCUUCUGCGAGCUGCACCUCAAGCCGCACCUGGAGGGGGCCGCUUUCCGCGACCACCAGCUGCUGGAGCCCAUCCGGGACUUCGAGGCCCGCAAGUGCCCGCUGCAUGGCAAGACCAUGGAGCUCUUCUGCCAGACGGACCAGACCUGCAUCUGCUACCUGUGCAUGUUCCAGGAGCACAAGAACCACAGCACCGUGACCGUGGAGGAGGCCAAGGCCGAGAAGGAGACGGAGCUGUCACUGCAAAAGGAGCAGCUGCAGCUCAAGAUCAUGGAGGUUGAGGAUGAAGUUGAGAAGUGGCAGAAGGAGAAGGACCGCAUCAAGAGCUUCACCACCAGUGAGAAAGCUGUCCUGGAGCAGAACUUCCAGAACCUGGUACGGGACCUGGAGAAACAAAGGGAUGAAGUGAGGGCUGCACUGGAACAGCGGGAGCAGGAUGCUGUGGACCAAGUGAAGGUGAUUGUGGAUGCUCUGGAUGAGAGGGCCAAGGUGCUGCGAGAGGACAAGCAGACCAGAGAGCAGCUGCACAGCAUCAGCGACUCAGUGCUGUUUCUGCAGGAAUUUGGUGCAUUGAUGAGCAAUUACUCCCUCCCGCCGGCCCUCCCCACCUAUCGUGUCCUGCUGGAGGGAGAGGGCCUGGGACAGUCACUUGGCAACUUCAAGGAUGACCUACUCAACGUGUGCAUGCGUCAUGUGGAGAAGAUGUGCAAGGCAGAUCUGGGCCGUAACUUCAUCGAGAGGAACCACAUGGAGAACGGCAGUGACCACCGCUACAUGAGCAACUACACAAACAACUUGGGGUCUGAGUGGAAUGCGCCGGACACCAUGAAGAGAUACUCCAUGUACCUCACGCCCAAGGGUGGGGCCCGGACAUCAUUCCAACCUUCGUCUCCUGGCCGCCUCUCCAAGGAGACCAAUCAGAAGAAUUUCAACAAUCUCUAUGGCACCAAAGGUAAUUACACCUCCAGGGUCUGGGAGUACUCGUCCUCCAUCCAGAGCUCCGACGACCUGCCUGCAGUCCAAGGCAGCUCCUCCUUCUCCCUGAAAGGCUUUCCCUCCCUCAUGCGGAGCCAGAGCCCCAAGGCCCAGCCGCAAACUUGGAAAUCCGGCAAGCAGAAUUUGCUGCCUCACUACCGGCCGUUCUACGUCAACAAAGGCAACGGGAUUGGGUCCAGUGAGGCCCCAUGAGUUCCAGAGAAGAGGGAACAAGGCCCCGCCACCCCUGCCUUCCCUGGCUGACCCUGCUGCUGUUGCCU